GAAAAAAAAAGUUCAGUCGAAGGGUUGGGCUUUUGUGGUCUCAUCAAGCUUUUUCUAAUUUGUAUAAAAAAGGCCUCAUGCUAUGAUCUCGAUGCUGUCAUUCACAAAUGUGCUUUUUCUUGGUUUCUAAUAUACAGUGUUAUAAAAUAAGAUACCAAUGGCUAAAUGGUCUGUUUAUUGAAAGUAAUAAUUUUUUUCACUGAAAGCUCCAUGUAAAUGGGUGUAUACGCUGUCGAUGGAAAGCCUCAAAUCAGUAAGUACUAAGGGUGUUCACACUUGUAGUUCGGUCCUCUUGGUCCGGACCAACAGCUUUUAUUUUCUGACGGAAAAUAUAAUUUACCAGCUGAGAACAAACGAAGAGCUAAUAAAUUGUGUAAAGGAGUCAAAACAGCGCCAUAAAUUCCUCCGUUGCGCACACAAGCGAAGAUAUGCUGCGUGGAUGGCUGUUCCGACGCCUGUACAGAACUGUAAUUGGCAACAUACAUUGGAUAUAAAAAGUCUACACACCCCUGUUAAAAUGCCAGGUUCUUGUGAUGUAAAAGAAUGAGACAAAGAUAAAUCAUGUCAGAACUUUUUCCACCUUUUAAUGUGACCUAUAACAUGAACAAUUCAAUUGAAAAACAAACCGAAAUCUUUGAGGGGAAAAAAACAAAACUCACACUAACCUGGUUGCAUAAGUGUGCACACCCUUAAACUAAUACUUUGUUGAAGCACCUUUUGAUUUUAUUACAGCACUCAGUCUUUUUGGGUAAGAGUCUAUUAGCAUGGCACUUCUUGACGUGGCAAUAUUUGCCCACUCUUCUUUGGAAAAGCGCUCCAAAUCUGUCAGAUUGCGAGGACAUCUCCUGUGCACAGCCCUCUUCAGAUCAACCCACAGAUGCUCAAUUGGAUUCAGGUCUGUGCUCUGGCUGGGCCAUUCCAAAACGUUAAUCUUCAGAAAACUGUGCUGUAUUAAUCCCAGUGGUUCAUACUACUGGUGUAGGUUGAUGCUUCUGAUCCUGGGGCAGGAAAACUGCGCUGUAUUAAUCCCAGUGGUUCAUACUACUGGUGUAGGUUGAUGCUGCUGAUCCUGGGGCAGGAAAACUGCGCUGUAUUAAUCCCAGUGGUUAGUAUUACUGGUGUGGGGUAAUACUGCUGUACAGGAAAACGGCGCUUGGGGCAGGAAAACGGCGCUGUAGGCAUUACUAUUCCCCGUGGUUAGUGUUACUGGAGUAGGGUAAUUCUGCUGCUCUUGGGGCAGGAAAACAUUGCUGUAUUCAUCCCAGUUGUUAGGAUUAGUGGUGUAGAGUAAUACUUCUGCUCAUUGGACAGGAGAGCGUAUUUUAUCUUAAUAUUCGAUGCUUUAAGAUUUGUGCCAAUGUUCUCUAUAAGGUAAUGCUAAUGUUUUCGAAUAACAACUGUUGUAGUAGGCACACUAUUAAUUAUUAUGAUGCAUAGCCAAGACCAACCACUAUGUAUGUUAAUUAGCACAGGUUUGUCCUCACUUAUAACAUAUCAUCUGUGUCACGAUGUUUUCACAUAUAACACGUAUAACAUUUUUGUCUUCAGUCACGCAAACAGUGAUUUAAAACUAGGAAAUAUAAGGAAUAUAAUAUAAGGAAAUAUUUUGGGAAUUGAGGGACAAGACAGCUCAGGAGAAAGUAACCGAAACAACACCGGAAGUGAGGGACAAGACUGCUCAGGAGAAAGUAACCGAAACAACACCGGAAGUGAGGGACAAGACGGCUCAGGAGAAGGUAACCGAAACAACACUGGAAGUGAGGGACAAGACGGCUCAGGAGAAGGUAACCGAAACAACACUGGAAGUGAGGGACAAGACGGCUCAGGAGAAGGUAACCGAAACAACACUGGAAGUGAGGGACAAGACGGCUCAGGAGAAGGUAACCGAAACAUGGGAAUUGAGGGACACGACAGCUUAGGAGAAAGUAACCGAAACAUCACUGGAAUUGAGGGACAAGACGGCUCUGGAGAAAGUAACCAAAACAACACCGGAAUUGAGGGACAAGAUAGAGGAAAUGUCAGUGUAAGACAAAGUACUAAGAACAAUGCAGGAAUUAAGGGAGAAAGCAGCUCAGGACACAGCCAAGAUGAUCAGUAAAGUUUUAAGUAGGAUCUUGGACAAAUACACUAACUUGCUUAAAAGUUUGUGGAGACCUUAUCUUACAUGUAACUUUCCAUCUGAAAUCAAGGGUGUUAAUAUUGAGAUAUUUUGCCCUUUGCAGCUGCUCUCUAACAGCUUUCAUUUCUGGAAGGUUUUUGCAAAAGAUGUUAGCUGUUGUAAAGAGAUAGUCAAUGUUAUUCACCUGUCAGUGGUUUCAAUGUUAAGACUGAUCAGUGUGAUUUGUUUGUCUAGUAAAGAACCAGUUGACACUGAUAAUAUACACUGUAUUCAAUUUGCAGUAAUAAAGUGUAAAGGUAUUAAUGGAAAGGAGGAGGUGAGAACUGGCUUGACAGUAUAAAUAUUUUAUUUUUAAGAACUAAACAAAAGACACAAACACACACAUGUGACGGACAUCUGCCCGCAAACGCUCUCUCUCAUCGCACCACUACCUGCAGUCGGCCUUUAUCCCUCUCGGAGGCUUGAUUAGCCUGAUAAGGGGCCGGGUGUGUGAACUCAUGACCCUUCCCCGCCCUCCGCCCUGUCACAUAAAGGAAAUCAGGAUGAAGACAUUUCAUGAUGCUUUUGAUGAGUCUAAGGAGAGCAAAAUGCAUUGAACAGUCUUGAGCAAUAGUAAUUAAUUUUAAUCUAAAUGCAUGCUAUGCCUUUCCCAUUGGUACUGUUACUAUUCGUUUUUUUCCACCCUUCCAGGGGGAUUCCUGGUGGAAAGUGUUUUAAAAGUUUCAGACUUUAACCAAGCAAAGAGAUACCUGGUCACGUCAGAUGAACUACGGAGGAGAUGCUCUCCACCGGAGAGCUACUCUGCGAACACUGUAGUGGCUUAUCUACGGAAGGCCAAGGGACAAAAAAACAAAAUUACAGGGAGGUUGGCAGAGUUGGAGGUGAAGCCCUCAAAGCGCACAAAGCUAACUUCACAGUGCUCCAAACUUUGUGAAGAUGAAUGCAGUGAUCUGGCUGGUGACAUAAUGUACCUAGCAGCUAAAUUCAUCCCCCAGAAAAGAGUGGGUCAAGCCUUGUUGGAAGAGGGAAAUGUCCAUGCAGCCAUGGCCAAAACAGAAGACUGCAGGAAGACCUUGAAAGCUGUAAAGAAUGCUUUAGAGGCUAAUUGGGAAACAUUUGACCUGGCAACACAUGGUCUUGGGCCUGCUGUUAUAAAAGGCACUUUUUCAUUAAUUGAUGCAUGUCUUAAAGAGAAAAUGAGAACACUGAAAUCAAAAGACUCCACAGAUGAGUAAGGUUUCCCCCACUUUAUUUUAUAUUUUCAUUGUUUAAAUGCUUGUUUUUUGUUGAUGUACACUGUUUAGCAGUACAAGAAAAAUAAACAAA